AUGAGACGAAGUCUACUUUGUUUUUGUUUAGGGCUCCUGCUAGCUUCAGCACAGGCGUCAGGUAGAGUACGACGAGGAUACGGGAGUGCCUCAAGCGAUACAGGAACUAGUGGGACCGGAGGCGGUGGGGGUAGUGGAUUUGGUUAUGGAGGUGGCACCAGCGGAGGUGGUGGUGGAGGUGGAGGAUUAGGCUUUGAAGCCGGCACCGGUGGAGGUGGCUUCGGUGACGCUCUUAAAGAAAUCCCCAAAGGAAUUAGUGACUUUAUCGGUAAACUUCAGAGCGGUGGAAUUAGCGGUGCUGGAUCAGGACAAAACGAGAAAGCAAAGGAGGGUAUGGGGGUGGCGGAGGAUAUAGUGACACAGAGGAUGGUGCCAAAGGUGGCUCCGGACAUGGGGCCAACAGCGCAAAUGGUGAAAGCGGAGCAUGGGAGACACAGCGGCAGCAGUGGAAGCGGAUCAUCAAGUGGUGGCGGAAAAGAUGUUGGGGGCGCUGCUAGUGGUAGCAUUGGGGGCGGUAUUGGUGGUGGCUCCGGGCAUGGAAGCCACAGUGGUAGCAAUGGAAGCGAAUCAUCAAGUGCUGGCGGAGAAGGCGAUGGCGGCACUGCCAGUGGCAGCAUAGGUGGCGGCAUCGCUGGCGGCUCCGGGCAUGGGAGCCAAAGCGGCAGCAGUGGAAGCGGAUCAUCAAGUGGUGGCGGAAAAGAUGUUGGGGGCGCUGCUAGUGGUAGCAUAGGGGGCGGUAUUGGUGGUGGCUCUGGGCAUGGGAGACACAGCGGCAGCAGUGGAAGCGGAUCAUCAAGUGGUGGCGGAAAAGAUGUUGGGGGCGCUGCUAGUGGUAGCAUUGGGGCGGUAUUGGUGGUGGCUCCGGGCAUGGAAGCCACAGUGGCAGUGGUAGCAAUGGAAGCAGAUCGUCAAGGGCUGGCGGAGAAGCCGAGGGGAGCACUGCCAGUGGCAGCAUUGGUGGCGGCAUCGGUGGCGGCUCCGGGCAUGGGAGCCAAAGCGGCAGCAGUGGAAGCGGAUCAUCAAGUGGUGGCGGAAAGGCAUUGGGGGCGCUGCUUGGUAGCA